AUUCACUAUUAAUAUAUAUAUUUGUAAUAUAUAGUAGACAACUUAAAUACAGGAACGGGGACCAAGGUCCUGUCUACAGCGGUUUCUGACGUAAUGCAUGUUUCCUACACAAGAUGGGAAUAUUUUCCUGACGGAUUCAGAAAUUACUACAGCUCAAACUGAGGAAUUGCAUUAAAUGUCAGUACAUUUUUCAAAUGUGUUAUAUGCAUGUUAUUUUAUAGUAUUUUUGGAAAACAUACCAUAAACACUCACAAUUAACAAGAGUUCGUCAUAUGAUAGGUGGGACAGAGAAAAUGAAAGAGAAAUUUGAAUGAAGUGAGGGGUAAUGUAAGUGAGACAAAACACACUGCAAGUUGAUAUCUUUUCUCUAUGGAUUUAAUUCAUUCUGUGAAUAGUUUCCCUCCCUAAAGAAUCCCUAUCUCCAUUUCAGAAUGGCUAGCCAUGAGAAAAAUGAAAUGAAUGUAUUUUGGUGAAGUUGAGAAGGCAGUGUAUGUCCGCACACACCCUUGCCUGCCAGCUAGCCUUCAGAUCUUUAAAUAGGUAGCUAUUUGAUGCGAAAGCAUAACACGGUCUCUCCGAGCCUUGUGGAACACGCAUUGACUUUGAUUUGUGGGACGGCGUCAGAUUGCUCUGAAGACUCCCAGGAGCAAGCAACGCCGAAGCAAGGCACCCUUAUAAAACCCACACCUGUUCAUCCCUCUUCAGGAUUCCUGUGAAAUGAACCUACAAUCAAUACUUUUGCUGCUCUAGAAAGAAGUAUGGAGAUAUAGUUAGUCUGUCUCCCUUGCAUGGUGAUAGACCAGAUCCUUUAUACAGUAGGGCUCAUUUACACUGCCUUUUCCAAGAACCGGUUCCAGCAAAACGCAGAAGCUGCAAUAUUAAAAAAAGAUGGUCUUCAUUCUCGGACUGGGCUUCAAACCACUUUGAAGAAAAACUGGAUUUAUAUGUAACCUGCGGAGGUAUUGUAGCAGAGAUUUACCAGAUCUUUUAAAAGCAGAACAAAUGUCUUUUACCUCCAAACUCCCCCCGUCCUGGAACGACAGACCCCCUCCUCGUAAGGUGGAGGUUGACCUGAGUUCACCGGGGCUGGCUGUGUUUGAGCUGGAACGACUCCUGUUCACUGGGAAAGCCAUCAUCAGCCAUGCAGACGAAGUGUGGCCCAGACUUUACAUUGGAGACCAGGACAGUGCUACGAAUGUCCGCCAGUUGGCCAACCAUCGUGUCACCCACGUCUUGAACGCAAACCACAGUAAACGGCGAGACGGGGCGGAGACAUACCUGGGCAUGAACAUCAAGUACUUUGGCAUCGAGGCCCAUGACUCCUGUAAUUUUGACAUGAGUGUCAACUUCCAGACUGCAGCAGACUUCAUCCACAGGGCCCUCAGUGAAGGAGGUAUAGUGCUGGUGCACUGUGCGGUGGGGGUGAGUCGUUCAGCCACCCUGGUUCUUGCCUACCUGAUGCUGAGACAGAACCUGACCCUGGUGGAUGCCAUCUGUGCUGUGAAGGAUAACCGCGGUGUGAUCCCCAACAGAGGCUUCCUCCGACAGCUCAUCAACCUGGACAGCAAACUCUAUGGCCACCUCCGCAACACCACCUACACCUAGAAGACUGAUUAUAUCAGCUUCUGUUCUAUUCAAUUCUAUUUGAGCAGUGGGUCACAAACCUUUCAUUUUUUGGGAAACUUUCAUGCAAAACGCACCAUAUUAAAUCAAAUGUUAUUUGUCACAUGCUCCGACUACAACAUGUGUAGACCUUACUGUGAAAUGCUUACUUAC